CUCGCUGUCCUGUCUUGUCUUGCGCUGGCGGGUUGGUAACUAGUGCACCAAGACUGGCCGGACAAGUUACAACUGUUCCCACAACGCCUCCAUAGUUAACGACGUUAUAUUUUUUCGCCAUCCAUCGGCCUUGCAACGCCUGGUGGACGGACCCUGCAGCCCUAACUGAAAGCUGCGUCGGCCGACUGUGAUUCGAUGCUAUAGAGCCGGCUGAGUCCCGCGGUCUAUUUGCUCGUUAUUCCAUCGACCAAAUAUCUUGACCCUUUCUUUUCUCUGUUUAUUUUUUGUUUUAGGUUCCAUUUUUGGGUUCAACCUUUUGCCUGGACCAGUAUUUAUAUUUACUCGACGUUUUCCCCGGACAUAUUUAUCGAGGAUCGAGGAGAGAGGACUGGAUAUCUCUCUCUCUUCCUCUUCUCCCCUUUCUUCCCCCCUUUUCCUCUGUGCUGUGCUCUGCCCGGACCUCCUGCGCUGGAGUGCCUGGUUCAGCUCAGUGUGUUUCUAACCCAGUCGUCUCUUUUCCUAGUUUUUCUGUCCCUUCUGUACCACCAGCGGCGUCAGGACGAGAGGCUCCAGUUUUUGUCUUUUUCUUUCGGGUAAGAUAAACGCAAAAAAAAGUUGAACUUUGACCUUUUAGACAUCCGGGUGCCCGUUUUCGAUCUGCCGUGCGUUUUUUUCUCUUUAUUUUUCUGCUGUUGACUCUACCUCUCGAUACCGUCCGGGCGUCUUUCUGUGCGAUAGGCUAGGGCUUUUUUUGUUUUCCGUUUAUGUCUAUCGAUAAGCUUGUCGACGAGCCUCCUUGACCUUGAACGACGUCACCGGCAGCCAACCCCAGCAUCGGAAUCCAUCGCCAGUCCGAUACGCGCCUGAUCUGUGCGACUAAUGACCGUCUCUCCAUCUCCCCAGUACUCGGUUUCGUCUAGGAAGGAUUCGAUUCGGCACCAUGGCCUGCGCGGACGUGGAGAUGCUCGACACCCGGAGCCCGUUGUGCCGUGUGGGAGAUACUCCUUUGGUUGAUGGGGGGUUGAUGGCAUCAGAAAGGAGGCUGCGGCAUCGUUCGACCGUGGGACGAUUGCCAACCUGGUCGUCUCCAACUUCCGGGAACAUCACAUGGUGCAUCUCGCCAAAAGUGGAGGUAUAUUCAACACGUAAUCGUAAUUCUACGGGAGCGCCUAGUCGCAUAGAUGACCUCAAAGCCAUACUGGAGGCAGCCUUCUCGACUCCAGAAGCAUCUCCGCUACCGUCUUACGAUGAUGCGAUUCUCGAUUUGCCGCCAGACUACGCUUGCGACGAAUAUGCUCGCGCACAUGUUGAUACACAGGCCGGUCCUGCUCCAGCCAGGCACCGCUCAACCAAAAAGCCAUCUUCGUUAUUUCAGGAUCCGCUUAUGAACAUACCAGUUGAUUUCAAAGAUACAUCUAGGUUCAGGGAGGCAAAGAAGAAAAAGCCUACUAAGAAACCUGCGCCCGUAGCAGACCCGUGGGCAGAUACUACACCCGAGAAAGAUUCCGGCGCAGGCCAGGAGGAAAAAGAUGCUUCGGGAGGCGGCGCCGACGGAGGUGAUGGCGGAGGUGAUAAUGGUGGUGGUGGAGGAGACGACGCCGGCGGAGGAGGAGGUGGUGGUGGCGGCGGUGAUGACCCCGGAGGUAAUGAUGAUAAAGGUGGAGGUGACGAAGAGGCUGACCAAGGCUCAAGCAAGAAAAAGAAGAAGAAGAAGAAGAAGCAGGAGGAAGAAGAAGAGAAGAAGAGACUGGAAGAGGAGGAAGAGAAGAAACGACUUGAGGAAGAAGAGGAGAAGAAACGCCUGGAGGAAGAAGCCAAGGCAAAGGAGAACGCUGGCGGCGAUCUAUCCUGGGCCGAUGAUACCAAUGCAGACACCAGCUGGGGCGACCAUGGAAUUGCUACCACAUCCAAAAAGAAGAAGAAAAAGGGCAAGAAUGCUGCUACCGAGCUUCCCCCUCCUGAUCCAGCACCAAAUGCGUUCCAGGAUGUCAGCUUGGAUGAUGGCGCUGCAGCGCCUCAGAUUGGCAUGUCCUUUGGCGGAGAAGAUACCAAGGGUUCUACGGGAUUCAGUUUUGGCGGCUGGGGAAAGGACUGGAAUACAGGCGGCGAGCUUGAUCUUGGUGCAAACGGUGAUACCAAAGAUGACGGCCUGAAUCCCUGGGGUGGUACCAGCAAGAAGAAUAAGAAGAAAUCUACGGGAUCCGACGCAUUUGACUUUGGUUUUGAAUCUAAUGGUCUCGACGGUAACAAUGCCGAUCAUGCUGGGGAUGUAGGCGCAGACAGGAACCUGACAAUUCCUGGGGAUUACCCGCUCCCACGACUGCGAAGGAUAAAAAGAAGAAGAAAAAGGGCGCUGCUGAACCCGCUGCUGCCGAAGAAAAAGAUUCUGGUGGCCUCGGUGAUUGGGCUGACCUCGCCAUGCCGAAGAAGAGCAAGAAGAAUUCCGCGUCUCCUUGGGGUUUUGGACAAUCAAGCCGAUCCUGAGCCAGAACCCGAACCCGAACCAGCUCCUGAGCCCGUUGCCGAGGAAAAGCCUCCAGAAGAGGAUCCCGGGGGUGCUACGCCUGCGCCGUUGUCCAAGAAGGACAAAAAGAAGAAAAAGAAGAAGGGCGCAGCAGACCCUGAACCCGAACCCGAACCUGUCCCUGAACCUGCUCCUGAGCCCGUAAAGGAAGAGGAGCCGGUUAAGGAAGACCCGCCGCCUCCUGAGGAGGAAGAUUGGGGUGGUUUUGGAACCACCGCUUCAGCUAAGAAGGAUAAGAAAAAGAAGAAAGGAGCGUCCUUACUUGAUCCAGUCCCGGAGCCUGAGCCUGAACCCCCCAAGGAGGAAGAAAAGCCUGCUGAGGAGUCGUUCAAUUCCUGGGACGCUGUUCCAGCCCCAACCAGCAAAAAGGAUAAGAAAAAAAAAAGGGGGGCCGCGGCCGCGGAGCCCGUUAUCGCGGAACCUGAACCCGUGCCCGAUCCGGAACCAGUCGUUGAGGCCCCGCUGGCGGAAGAAAAGCAAGAAGACAGCUUCUGGAGUUCACUGGCCACCCCAUCUUCAGGCAAAAAGGACAAGAAAAAGAAGAAAGGCGCCGCCGCGGCAGCGCCGGUAAUACCGGAAACCGUACCCGAACCAGAUCCUGUGCCUGAACCCGAACCGGUCGUUGAGCCAGCUCCGGCCGAGGAAAAAAAGCCUGCUGAAUCUGCUGGAUGGGGUUUCGGUCUUCCUUCCACCACUUCCCAGAAGAAAAAGAAGAAGGGCGGUGCUGCUGAUCCACCGCCUCCGCCACCACCCCCUCCUGAGCCUGAGCCAGUGGUUGAGGAAACUAAGGAAGAGGAGCCGGAGAGUUUCUGGGGAUUUUCCAGUUCAAAGAGCAAGAAGAAGAAAAAGAAGGAUGAGCUCGAGCCUGCACCCGCGGAGCCUGAGAAGUCGAAGGACCUGUUUGAUAAUGAUACAUGGGGGAAUGAAUUUGAUCAGGACAAGUCGAAGGGUACUGAAGAAAAGGGCAAAACAGCAGACCCUGUAACGCCGGGGGCCUUUGAUUUCGGUGAUGACCCUGCACUGGAAGCUACGGGAGCCGGGGACGAAGUGGACUGGUUUAACUUAGGCAAUGGCAAGAAGUCUACUAAAAAUGAGGACCCUCUUGACAUACCGGAGUUCAUAGAUGAGGCUGCCGAGGAUACUAUGAAAAAAGAAGAGGAAGAGAAGAAGCCUGCCGUGAAAGAGACCAAGCUGUCCAAGAAAGAUAAGAAAAAGAAAGCUGCUGCUGCCGCCGCUGCCGCUACUACUGAUCCGGUGCCAGAGGAGCCACCAGCAGAAGAACUGCCCAAAGUUGACUUCUUCGAGGAUACCAAAGCGGAGCCUGACCUGCUGGCUCCUCCACCUGUUGAUGACUUUGACAGUUGGGAUACUGGAGCUGGGGCAACAACCAGUAAGAAGGACAAGAAGAAGAAGAAGGGUGCAGUGACAGCUCUCCCCGACCCGGAACCAGAGCCCGCACCAAUAGCAGAGCAGACAGAGUCUAAUGACGUGGGUUUUGGAUGGAGCUUUGGUGGUACGACAAGCAAAUCGAAGAAAGGAAAGAAAGGAACCACUGUCGAAGCAGACACGGCCAGUAAGGCGCCAGAGAAAGAUCCGUUUGUUUUGGACGAUCUGCUCGACCAACCAGCUGCGGACACAAAGAAGAAAAAGAAGAAGGGUACAAAGUCAAUUAUUGAUGAACCAGUGGUUGCUGCCCCGGACCCUGAACCAGAACCGGUAGUCGAACCCGAGCCCGAGCCCCAGCCGGAACCCGAACCCGAACCCGAACCCGUUCAAUCUUCAUCCUGGAGUCUCUGGGGUUCUUCGAAGCCUACAAAGGAGAAGAAGUCUAAAUCAAAAGCUACUGUACCUGAGGUCAAAGAGGAACCGGAAAAAGCAGCCAAAGGCAAGAAGGGUAAAAAGGCUACAGAAGAGGUUGUUGACGUGACCCCGCAGGAUGAUGGUGUUGGUUCAGGAGAGUUGGUGCCCGUUCCCAAAGCCCAGGACGAAAGUACCUGGGACAUCUGGGGUACGAUCACCAACAGCAAGAAGAAAGGCAAAAAGGGCGCCAGCGAACUGCCGCCGCCUGCGCCUACACCUCCAGAAUUUCCACCUGAACAUGGAGGGGAUGGCAUGGGCGAUACGUGGGAUGAUAUUACUGCUCCCUGGCCGACCUCUAUCAAGAAAGGCUCCCUCUCACGAACAACUACAUCAACAUCAAAGGCGUCACACAUUGAAGAGAGCAAACUCAGUAAGACCAGAGGCAAAGGACUUGAGGUCGUCGAUGUAUCCGAGACCCCCAACCUCGAUACUCCGGCUGAGGACGUGUCGGCCGCAAAAGCUGCCAAAGGAUACUGGAGUAGCUUUGGGCUGGCAUCAGGUGGCAAGACCAGCAGCAGCAAAGCUGCCAAGGGAGAUGUAGAUGCACCAGCAGACGACCUGCUCGACCUUGUUGAAGAAGAAGAGCCCAAGCCCGCCGCUAGUAAGACAACUAGUAAGGCCGAAAAGGCCAGUGCCAAAGCCUUGAAGAAAGAGAAAAAGGAGAAAGAUGCCAAAAAGGAGAAGAAGCUGGACGUUGGUGAUCAAGAAGUGAAAGGAGACGAAGGUUCGCUUGAAGCGGCUAGCGCGCCUGCGGCUGACAAAGCGACCAAGCAACCAACUUCUUCUGCGACUGCGACCACCUCAGCGCCCAAAGCACCAGGCAAGUCGUCCGUUGCCGAGCGCAUCAAGCAGUUGGAGCAGAAGAAGGCCGAUAAGGAGGCCGCGAAGGCGCCCAAGACCAAGGAGAAGGCCAAACCCGACCCGCCCCCGCCCGUCGAGCCUGUUCCUGAACCAGAGAUCUUAGAGCCGGCGGAGGAGCCCGCAACCAAGGCCGCAAAGCCCUCAAAGAAAGACGCCGCGGCUUUGAAAACCAAGACGUCCUCCAUGUCCAAGACGAAGACAAAGUCCAAGUCAAAGAAAGCAGCGGAAGAAGACCCAGCGCCGGAACCCGUUGCUGAGCCUGAACCUGCGGUGGUAGCUAAGGAGCCGACCCCACGUGAUUCUGUGCCUGGAAGCUUCCCAGGCGCAAUUGACGAGCUGGCUGAUAUCGAAGAGCACGAAGAGCCUAGCAAGGCGGAAGAAGCAGCACCGCCUCCGCCACCAGAGCAAGAGGCAGCUGAGUUGAAGGAGCUUCUAUCAGACCCGGACGCAGGAUCAUCGCAACGUCCAUCAACAGCAAAAGCCGACGGAGAUGUAGCCGAUGAAAUGUUUGGCUCGACACCAAAGAAGUCGGCUAAGAAAGAACGUGCUAGGAUCGAUCGGAGCUCCGGAGCUGCAUCUUGGGCUCUCUGGGGCGCUGCCGGGGCAUCGGGACCCGCUCCAAAGAAAUCAUCAUCAAAAAAGGAACCCAAAUCUAAGGAUCCCGCUGAGCCUGUUGUGAAGAAGGAGAAAGAAAGGGAAAAGGAUAAGGACAAGGAGAAGCCUUCUGGUCUGAGCAGGUCGAAAUCUUCAGCUACCAAGAAAGAGAAGGUUUCCAGCUUAGGGGCUGAAGUGGAGAAAUCCUCUGGCUCAGACAAGGAUAAACGUGCUUCGCGGCCCUCUAAACACAGCCGUGGGAUGAGUUUUCCCUUUAUGCUAUCGGGACCGCCACCGCCGCCUGUCCGGUCGAAAAGCACUAAGCGAGCGUCUGCAUCGAAGCCAACUUCCAGAAGACACUCUGUUGAGCUUGACGAUUCAGGCCUUUUGACCCCUCGCGAGAGUCCCGAUAUUCCAGACAAGGCUGCAAGGAUGAUGGGUGUGGAGUCAUCCAAGCGCGUCAAACGCAGCUCCAGCCAUAAGAAGAAAUCAGUCCCACGCGACCCAUAUGCACUUGACGAUGACGUAGAAAUGUUGAGUCCUGAUGAUGGCUUAAUCUCCCCUCCAGGCAAAUCUUCAAAGGACCCAGAGCGACGCAGAUCAAGGAAAGAGUCUAAGAAACACAGCAGUGACCCAGCUUUAACGCCGUCAGGUGAAAUGCCAAUGGGCAGAGAUGACUUUGGAGUCAUGAAUCACUCCUCGAGAGAGCCUGCGCCCCUUCGUCGCUCUAACACAUCUCCCAAGCGUCCCGAAGGACUGUUUGGCUUCUUGUCUCUAAGGAAGCCUGGAGCCCGGGCUCCAGAGGUCCGCGAGCGCCCCAAAUCUCGCUCUCGUCAUGAGUCCUCAAGAAGAGAAACAGACAGAGAAAAGGAUGAAUCCAGACGCCGAAGGAGAUCCGUGAGGCCGGACACUGAUGGCGAAGGCUUCACCACCGAUGCAAUGAGAACCGGCAAUAACAGCCCUACCGAGGAAGCUGAGGCUCGGAGGGCAAAACGCAAGGCAGAGCGGGCACGGCUGCGUGAAGAAAGGGAUGAAAGAGCUCGUGAGGCUGAGCGUGAAGGCCGCCGACAAAAACGGCAUGCCAGAGAAAUGGAGGACCUCCCCCAUGAAUCUAAACGAGACAAGAAAUCAGACCGCCGCUCUCGUUCGGAGAGACCACCAAAAGACCCUCUCUCCCCUCAUGAAAGCCGUCGCCAUCGCUCUCAUCGUACUGAGGAUGAAGGUGGGAAGCCUAGGAGGCGUCGAUCCUCACCGGAUCAUCACCGGUCUCGACGUGAGAAGUCAUCUCGUCAUGAACAAGCUGUUCCCUACCCCGCCAUGGUAAAUGGAGGCAAAGAUAAAACCUCGUCUUGGGUGAAAUCUCAGAUCUCAGACCCUCCUGAGGCUCCUCCUAUCGUGGCUACGGUUAUCGAUGUGCCCGACCCUGCAAGGGAGCCUCAUGCUUCCUUAUCAUCCGACGAAGAGGCACGAAGAGCCAUCCAUCGUCGUUCCCGAAGGAAGUCCCGUCCUGUUGACCCAAUGGACAUGGAUUUUGACAGACGACCUCGCAGACGUGAGUCUCGCCGCGAAGGCCGUGACCCAGUGCGAAGCAAUGAAAGCAGCGGCGAUAUGGACCAUCGUUACGGUGGUAUGAACACCAAGCGGACGAGCUGGUUUAAGAAACUCACCAGUGGCUUUUGA